AUGGGGAAACAAAAUAGCAAACUAAAACCAGAAGUCCUAGAGGACCUAAAACAGAACACAGAGUUUUCAGACGCUGAAAUACAGGAAUGGUACAAAGGUUUUUUAAAAGAUUGUCCCAGUGGCCACUUAUCUGUUGAAGAAUUUAAAAAAAUAUACGGCAAUUUCUUUCCGUACGGAGAUGCAAGUAAGUUUGCAGAACAUGUCUUCAGAACGUUUGACGCGAACGGUGACGGAACAAUAGACUUCCGGGAAUUUCUCUGUGCGCUGAGUGUCACUUCGCGUGGAAAACUCGAGCAGAAGCUCAAAUGGGCCUUCUCAAUGUACGAUUUGGACGGUAACGGCUACAUAUCCCGACAGGAGAUGCUCGAGAUCGUAACUGCAAUUUAUAAAAUGGUUGGAUCCGUUAUGAAAAUGCCCGAAGACGAAUCAACACCAGAGAAGAGAACUGACAAAAUUUUCCGUCAAAUGGAUAGAAACAAUGACGGGAAACUCUCGCUCGAGGAGUUCAUCGAGGGAGCCAAGAGUGAUCCAUCGAUUGUUCGGCUCCUACAAUGCGACCCGCAGUCACAGUGA